AAACCCCACUCACUACUCAUCCCUUUCCCACUCUCACCCUCAGGCACACGCACUCUCUCUCUCUCUCUCCUCCCUCUUCCCUCCUUCAACGCCUGUUGCCUGUAACGUAACGGAUCUCCAUUAAUGCUCUCUUUGUCUUUCUCUCUCUUCAAAUACAUUUUUCUCUAUUUCUAUCUCCUCUUUUACGUUUUUCUCUCCAUUUCACUGUGCCUUUUCCUUUUCUAAUCUUCAACACUGCUAGGAAUCCUAGGGUUUUCAUUUCUCCACCCUUCACCAUCAGCAUUCCUUCCUCGUUCAUGAUUCUUCAUGGACAAAUUCCGCCGCAGCAACUCCAACCACCAACCUUCUCUUACUCAAGCUCCGAGGAACAAACAGGUUCAUAGACAACGACUACCUCCGAAUCUGUCACCUGAUUCUUGUUCAGGCGGUGGUGUUGCUGCAGAGAAAGAUUCGUUUUCUCACAAAUUUGGUUGGAGAUCUUCGAAAAAACUGCUUGGAACACCGAUUAAGAAGUUAUUAGACGAAGAGAUGUCACCGAAAUCUGAAUCAAAAAGAAGAUCCCCUGGAGUCAUCGCCAGAUUGAUGGGUCUUGAUGGACUGCCAUUUCAGCAGCCUAUUAAUAAGCAGCAUAAGGGUUUAUCUGAAAACCACCAGAAGACUCCACAAUUGCAGAAAACACGCGGCAAAGGAGUGCCAUAUGACUGUGGUUCAUCUAGGAGAGGCUUAAGGGAUCACCAAGAAUUUAAGGAUGUAUUUGAGGUUUCUGAGAUUCCAAAGGUAGAGAGCAGUAGAUAUCCGUCGCCAGGGUGUGUAGACUUGAAGACCAAUGAUGCUGAAAUGUCAUUCAUUGAACAGAAGUUCAUGGAUGCCAAACGCCUUGCAACUCAUCAAGAUUUACAGUCUUCAAAGGACUUCCGAGACACACUUGAGGUUUUGGAUUCUAACAAGGAUCUUCUGCUGAAAUACUUUAAGCGGCCAGAUUCUUUGUUUAAAAAGCAUCUAAAUGAUCUUCAAACUGUUCCGGUUCAAUCACAUUACAGACAUGCAGAAACUAUGGAUAUCGAGAAGUAUGAAGAUGACUUAAGUUGGAGGUCAGAUAGGGAGAAAACACGGUUGAACUACAAUAGAUCUCAUGAAAAGCANUACUGA